CCGGAUCAUAUGGGAAUAGUAAACAAUGGAAUGCGUUAGCGUGGCAGUCUGACCUUUAGUACUCUGGUUUAAUUUAUACCCAAGUCCGCGACAAGUGUGACUUGCAGAUAAGAUAAUAUUUUGCCCAAUCGGUGCCUAAUUAGAGUUAGCCGAUAGCCCAGUGCGGGGAGCAAGGUGCACUAGAGCCAAAAUGAUCAGCAACACUGGGAAACUCGCCGGACAAACGCUGUUCAUCACAGGCGCGAGUCGCGGAAUCGGAAAGGCGAUCGCCCUGAAGGCGGCCAAAGAUGGGGCCAACAUCGUUGUGGCGGCCAAGACCGCUGACCCACAUCCCAAACUGCCCGGCACAAUUUACUCUGCUGCCAAAGAGAUUGAGGCCGCUGGAGGCAAAGCCCUUCCAUGCGUUGUGGACGUCAGAGACGAAAAGUCGGUCGCUUCGGCUGUGGAGGACGCCGUCAAGGCCUUCGGAGGCAUCGACAUCCUAAUCAACAACGCCAGCGCCAUUUCCCUGACGCCAACCCUUCAUACAGACAUGAAGCGUUACGAUCUGAUGCACAGCGUCAACACCCGAGGCACAUUCCUUGUUUCAAAGUUGUGUCUGCCGCACCUGCUCAAGAGCAAGAACGCCCACAUUCUGAACCUGAGUCCGCCGCUGAACAUGGCGCCGCACUGGUUCAAAGACCACGUCGCCUACACCAUGGCCAAAUACGGAAUGUCCAUGUGUGUGCUCGGAAUGGCCGAGGAGUUCAGGGACAAAAAGGUGGCCGUCAAUGCUCUGUGGCCCAGAACUGCUAUUUUGACUGCUGCCAUGGAGAUGCUUGCUGGAGGACAAAGUGAGGCGGCUGCCAUGUCUCGCAAACCCGACAUCAUGGCUGACGCUGCCUACCUCAUCCUCACCAAAGACAGUGGUUCCUUCACUGGAAAUUUCACCAUUGACGACGAGGUUUUGGCCGCUGCUGGCAUCAAGGAUUUCGACUCCUAUGCUGUUGAUCCGAGCCAAAAGGAUAAUUUGAUGCCUGAUUUCUUCCUGGACGUUGCUCCGGAAAAGAUCAUUAAGGAACACAUCAAGAAGGAGAAAUCUGAUGGUGGUGCUACCGGAGGCGUUGCCAAAGUCUUCAAGUCCAUUGAGGCCAAUCUUAGUGAGGAGCUGGUCGGAAAAAUCCAGGCCAUUUAUCAGUUCAACGUGUCCGGUUCGGAGGAAGGAAAGUGGUUUUUGGAUCUUAAGACUGGAAAGGGCAGCACUGGCAAGGGUGACGCACCCAGCGCUGCUGAUGCUACCCUGAGCAUGGACAGCAGACACUUUGCCGAUAUGUUCGCAGGCAAACUGAAGCCCGCAAGUGCUUUCAUGACUGGCAAGCUCAAAAUUUCGGGCAACCUUCAAAAGGCCAUGAAGCUAGAGAAGUUGAUGGGACACCUCAAGGCAAAAAUGUAAACGCCAACCAACGAGACAGCCUAUAUUGUUGAAUUAUGUAUUGAAUUUUGUUAAUUAAUUCCUUAUCGCGUGCACACUAUUUAUUCGGGCCAGGAAACCAAACUCUGUAAUUUUUAUUGCAUGAAUUGUUUGGAAAAUUUGUUUAUUACCUUAUAGUUUAAGCAGACACAAUAAAACAUAUACUUUUUGUAGCAA